AACAAAGACAAAUGAAAUUUAGAAUUUAGCUUUUCUAAUUUCAUCUGCUUUUUCACCAAUUUAACCUGUUAACUGUAGUUUAAGACCUAACUAUGGACAAAGAUCUAACAAAAAGCUAUCUAAUCACACAGACUGACAGGAGGCUGCCUGUGGUCAUUGUAGGUACAUCUGCAAUCAGCUUACAGUUAUUUAUAGGGAUGUCCUAAUCUGAUCUCAAAGAUUGGUAUCGACGCACCAUAAACAAAAAUGCAGUAUGAGAAUGUUUAUCUACUCUAUUUACACAAGUUACAUGUACAUGUUUAAUUUUCAAUGCAGUGUGUUGCAUCCUGGUGCUUGGAAGAGGUACAGACAUCCGUGCGAUCUUACAACAACCACACUCGCCACGUCAUUUCAACUGCAACAAAAGCCUCGUGAGCAAAAUCCAAAGCCAGCAAGUUAACACAGGAGCAGAUCACAGAAUACAAAGGAGUUUUCGAGAUGUUCGAUGAAGAGGGAAAUGGAGAUGUGAAGACACAGGAGCUGGAGAGGCUGAUGAGUUUAAUGGGGAUCAAUCCUACAAAGAGGGAGCUCAGCCAGAUGGCCAAAGAUGUGGACAAAGAUGGUAAAGGGAUAUUUAACUGUGACAGCUUCCUGGGUCUGAUGGCACUGUACCACGAAAGAACCAAGAACCAGGACACUGAACUCAGAGCUGCUUUUAAAGUAUUUGACAAAGAGGCUAAAGGAUAUAUCGACUGGAACACACUCAAAUAUGUCCUGAUGAAUGCCGGGGAACCACUUAAUGAGAUCGAGGCAGAGCAGAUGAUGAAGGAGGCAGAUAAAGAUGGAGAUGGAACCAUUGAUUAUGAAGAAUUUGUGGCCAUGAUGACUGGGGACUCUUUCAAAAUGAGCUGAAGGACAUAUGGAUAUUCUGCAACUGUUGUGAACAUGUGU